AUGGUGUUGGGCAGCGGCGUUGCUGGCACUUUGGGUGUGCUUGCUCAGUGGGCGGGACUUGCAGACUGCUUGCGUGGCGACACACUCGUGACCAUGGCAGACCGAUCCAAGAAGAAGAUCAAGGAUGUGAAAGUGGGCGAGAAGAUUUUGAACUACAAUAAAGGCAAGCUCCGAGUGAAGACGGUGCUUGAGGUCAAGGAAAGUUCCAGCCGGACUUUGCGAGAGCUUUUACUGCAAUCUGCAGAUGGCAAGGAGUUCACCAUCAAGGCCACUGGAGGACAUCCAUUCUACACAAAGGAGAAGGGAUGGGCAGUGGUUUCGCUCGAUGAGGGUCAUUUUGACAAGUCCAAGCCUGUCAAAGAGCUUACCAUUGGUGAGACUCUUGUUGUUCGCGGAGAUGCUGGGGCAAAGCUUGUGAGGAUCGGGGAGGCUUUGCCUACACAAAGGACCUACAACCUGAUCAUUGAUGGGCCUGGCACUUUCUUCGCAGAAGGCAUUUUGUCGCACUCAGGACUGCCGCCGCCCAAAAAGUGA